AUGGAGUUCGAGUUCUCCAGCACCGGCAAGCUGAGGUACGCCAACAACUCCAACUACAAAAACGACACGAUGAUCCGGAAGGAGGUGACGGUGAGCCAGUCCGUGCUGGACGAGGUCCGUCGAAUCAUCCAGGAGGCGGACAUCAUUGCGGAGGACGACCACAACUGGCCGGAGCCCGACCGCGUAGGGAGGCAAGAGCUUGAGGUGAAGCUGGGCAAGGAGCACAUCUCCUUCACGUGCUCCAAGAUCGGGUCGCUGUUGGACGUGCAAGAGAGCAAUGACCCAGAAGGGUUGCGCAUCUUCUACUACCUCAUCCAGGACCUCAAGUGCCUCGUAUUUUCCCUCAUCACUCUCCACUUCAAGAGUCGUUUGAAUUGGAAUGGUGGAUGAUUUAUUGUUGGCAUUGUUUUUUUUUAUUUUUGUCUGCCGUUUUAUCUGGCAAUGAUAGUCGUGACGGGGAUUUCUUUUUUCGUAGAUCGUACCUCGUACCGAGCAGGGGGGCUGUUUGGGGUGCUCGGCAGAGUAUACUGUCUACGGGGCCUCCGGGGGAUACGCGGAUGGUAUGUAUUGACGGACAUGCUGCAUGGCGAUGGUAGGCCACAAAGUCUUGCGUCAACCUUCUUUCUCUUUUGGCCACUGACGACGAGCUACCGCACCCAAAUAAAGGUACUGGGUAGAACAACGAACGGGAUUGAUUGUAAUAAUUCAUUGUGAAGACAACAACAACGGAACUAACUGCUGGGUUCGUCCAUGGAUAGUUUUUGCAGCACUUAUGAAGUACUAGUAAAUGUACAAACGACUUCUUCAUGGAUGAUGGAUGGGUAAUGAGAGGUUUCAAUUCAACUACUUGUUGUACU